AAUAUUAUGUACUAUUAUAAUUUUAUACGUUUUAUGCGUAUAUCAAAAACUAAUAUGAUAUUAUUAUAAUAUUAUUACAAUCACUAUUGUUAUUAUAUACUAUUAUACUAUGCAAGCGCGCGAUCAUGUGUAAUUUGUUGGGUUCAUUUUUUUAUCACUGUUUGCUCACUCUCUCUCGCUCUCGUCCCGUCCCGGUCUUUCACUCUUUCUCUCCAUCGGUAAUGAAACGUACGUUGCCUUCCUGCGUGCAUGCGUAGUGCGUACUGCGUUUUCGACAAGAACAACAAUAAAAUAAAAAUUCGGCAGAUGCACACGCGCUUGCUCCCGAACGGCCGUGUCAACGAACCCCGGGCCGUCCAAAUGCAGGCGCGCCCCUUUUUUCGGAGAAUAAACGCCGCCGCGAUCGUUUUCGUCGUCGUCGUCGUCGUUGGUAUCCCGACCCCAAUGCCCGACUUAUUGGCUCGCGUGUGCGUGCGCGGUGCGUGUGAUUCACCGGGGUCAACGCACCGGUGUCCCGCGGUCGUUACUGCAGAACACGUCGUAACGAAAAAAUCAAAACCUUGUUUUUCCUUUCUUAAAAAAAAAAAAAAAUCGUUCUAUUAAUACCGGCGACGAUCAUCGUCAUUCGCCAAGGUUGUAUAAUGUUUUAAUGAUAUGCGUUGGGACCAAGAUGAGACACCCGCCACGUCGGCAUUUAUCGUGUGUUCUUUCGCGGGCGGCGGUCAGGGCUCGCGUUUCCCACACGAAAACCACCCUAUGUUCCACGUGUACCCGGCAGGUGGGCCGAUGCAGCAGCAGCAGCUGAGGUCGGCGAUAAGUUUUUAUUCUUACCGCAGGAAUAUUCUUUUAAUAUUACCGCUGUCGUUUUUCACCCCAACCCUCAUACCCACCUCCCCCCAUUCCUCACCGUGUAGUGUGCAUAUAGUCGCAUGCAGGGGAACAAGGACGAAUCGAGGGCUUUGUCGUCGUUCGAUGACCUCCGUAUUUUUGGGCUUGUUACGUUAUUAUUUUCCCCCUAUGGUUCGCGAGCGUAAAUACGCGCGGCGCGCUGUUCCUCCACCUCCCCGCACCGAUUCCCUAGCGCGCCUGCGUUCGGCCGCGUUCGGUUCCAGUCGGCAGUCCGUGGUUCUUCUUAUCGCGGGUGCGUGAGCACAAACACAUAUAACUAUAUAUAUAUAUAUAUUAUACACAGUACUAUAUACGCAGCGCACGCACAAACGCACUCAGGAACAGGCUAAAUACGCACGCACGCAAUGCUAUCGUCGUCGCCAAAGCACGAAUCGCCGCUCGCGUGGGGAGGCACCAUAACACCACAAUAAUACUCGACGACAUAUAGGCAGUGUAAACGCGCGCGCCGUUGACGCCGCCGCCGCCACUGCUGUUUGCUUGCUUGCUCGUUCACUCGCUCGCUCACGCGCGCACACGCACACACACGCACACUUGCGAACGUCCGUAUACACGUGCCGCCGGGAAACCGAGAGAGGAGACCGUUUCGGACGGAACGCUCCCGCCGCCUUCGGGGCUUCAGUAGGCUGUUGACUGUUGGCCGCGGUCCCGCGACCGUGCGAUAAUAUCGUAUAUUAUAUACUGCACGUCCGCAUCAUCGCGCAACAUUCGUACCGCAAGCGUUCACCUGCAUAGUCGCGUACUGCUUAUCUCGAGUUUUCACAAUUUCCUAGUUUUUUUGUUGUUUUUUUUCUCUAUUAAAUUUGUUUAUCAUUCAUCUUUCUCUCCCGCUCAUUCCAUCUCCUCUUUUCGUUCUCUUCCCCUCUCCUAAGACGGCCGUGAGCAGCUGCACCGCUCGCAUAUAUACAAAAUAUAUGUAUAUAGUGUAAGAAAGAGAAAGAGAGAGAGAGAGAGAGAGAGAGAGAGAGAGAGUAACUGCAUAGUUGCAGUAUAGUCACUACAUUAUACUAUUAGUCUCGUCUAGUCUCUGGUCCCGCGCGCUCGUCUCCCUGCUGUCAAUAACCGCGGAGGAAUGCCCCAGUGAAAAAUGGCUCAGCUUUGGGACAAGUCGCAAAAACAGUGGAUAAAAAAUUUCUGGCUCAACCUCAAAAACAACAACAAAAACGCCGGCGAAAACGUUUUGGGCCAUGUAUCCGACAUGGUAGAACUUAUCAAUGGGGAAAUGCCAAUAUUGAGUUCGUCUGGUGGAGGAGGAUCGACAGAUUUCGUUCGUGUUGGCAUUGACUGUACGCUCAGCCCGUUGAAACCAGCCACUGCUACAACGGGAACCCUACACAAUCAACAACAACAACAACAGCAACUGCACCAAAAGACGGCUAUCGACGUCGCAGAAAACGCUUCCGAGGGAUCGGCGGCGGCUAUCAAGCGUGUGGUGUGCAGCCCGGAUCUGCCGGUGUUCACCAUAACGCCGGUGGUCGAAGAGGCGGCCGUGAUCAUCGACUCGGCUAAGACGGCGGCCGCGGCGGUUGCGGCCGAGCCGGCUGUACUUCCGUCAUCUCACACGGCUACCACGGCGUCUGACAAGUCUUUGCAG